AUGGCUUUUGCUAGUAGGAUGGGGAUUGUGCUGAGGAGGGCCUCCGGGUCCUCGAAUUCGUCGCUGCUCCAGGACCUUCACGGACGAAUGAUAAAGGUAGGCUACGCCAGUGACCGUGCUGGUGGGACACGUGGAGGUGGAUACGGCACUGGUAAUUAUGGAAGUGGCGGAUAUGGCGGCGCGGGAUAUGGAAGCGGUGGCGGUGGAUAUGCUGGCAAUGGUGGUGGUUACAGAAGUGGCGGAUAUGUCAGCACGGGAUAUGGAAGUGGUGGUGGUGGAUAUGUGGGCAAUGGUUACAACAGUGGAGCUGGCGGCAAUGCAGUCUUCGGCGAAAAGACCGGCAGUUUCAAUUCUGCUGUUGCUGGUGGCGACAACGGCGUCAACAGCGCUGGUGGGUACAAUUCUCCCAACACCUAUGGUGCCGGCAACUACAACAGUGGAGCUGGCGGCAAUGCAGCCUUUGGCGAAAGCACUGGCCGUUUCAGCAGCGGGAAUUCUGCUGUUGCUGGUGGCGACAACGGCGUCAACAGCGCUGGUGGGUACAAUUCUCCCAACACCUAUGGUGCCGGCAAUUACAACAGUGGAGCUGGCGGCAAUGCAGCCUUUGGCGAAAGCACUGGCCGUUUCAGCAGCGGGAAUUCUGCUGUUUCUGGUGGCGACAACGGCGUCAACAGCGCUGGUGGGUACAAUUCUCCCAACACCUAUGGUGCCGGCAACUACAACAGUGGAGCUGGCGGCAAUGCAGCCUUUGGCGAAAGCACUGGCCGUUUCAGCAGCGGGAAUUCUGCUGUUGCUGCUGGUGGCAACAACAGCGGCAACUUUGCUGGAAAUGUGAGCGGCAUCGGCAACUUUACUGGCAGCCGCAAUGGCAGCAGCUAUGCCGGAGGAUUUGGCAGCGCCGAGACCCUUGGAGCUAGCAAGGUGCAGUACAACGGCCAAGACGACCUGCUGGGUGCUGACUACUUCUCCGAGUCGGAGGACCGUCAUGCGGGCAGGUCAGCGUAA